AUGUCUCAUAGUUCACACGAGAUUACUCAUCAUAGAUCUACAAAUAGAGAACAGAAUCCAAGAAGUAAUAAUGCUGCAAAUGAAAUAAAUCAAUUGGUUGAUUUAAUCGAUUCAGAGCUUGCGAUUUCACCCAAUAAUUUCACUGCAUCACCAAAUAACAAUUCUCAUCAAUACCGAUCUAACUAUCCAGCUAAUGCACAUAUAAGUUAUCCAUAUCCUUCAUGUCCUACUUCAAGUACUGUACCAUAUAAUCCACAAAUUCCAAGUGCAUAUCACAAUUAUGGACCAAAUAGUACAACUAAUUAUAAUAAUAACUAUCCACCAUAUCCAAAUCAACAUUCAAUUUAUCAACCAACUGUUCAACCAACUUUUGAUCAGACUUCUAAUCAUAGUCAUCCACAAAUAAAUUAUCAACAAAAUUAUCAACAAAAUUAUCAACAAACAGACCAUCAUCAGAAUUAUUAUAAUUAUAAAAUGCCUUCUUAUCAACAGCCUUAUCAACAACCUUAUCAACAGUCUCCUUAUCAACAGCCUUCUUAUCAACAACCAUAUCAACAACCGUAUCAACAACCGUAUCAACAACCAUAUCAACAACCAUCUCAACAACACCCUAAUCAGCAAAAUCUUGCUACACAUCCAGAAUAUCCAGAAUAUCCUUCAAAUAUGUCCCGUCCAGCAUCUUAUGAUUAUAAUUAUUACGAAAAUUCUGAUUUACCUGUAAAUACUGGAAUAAACAUGCCAACGUCUGUUACUAGUGGUCAACUCAACGGUGGUCAUAAGAAUAACCAACAAUUGCCGGCAGCACCAGUGUCAAAACAAUAUACUCCACAUUAUUCCAUUCAUUUGAAGAAUACCUAUCCUAAUAGUGGUAGAGUCACUUCAUCAGGUUCCUCAAGAAUUGCUAAUAAAUCUUACAUGAGCUUUUUGAAAGGUUCAAUGAAUCCUGCGCUUUUAUCAAAUAUAGCUAUAGCAUUACGUUUUACAAUUAAAUUGGGCACUCAUGCUAAAGGUGCUUUAGAAUAUCCUGACAGUUUUACCGGCGCUGAUGCAGUGAGCACUGUGCAUUCCUUCCUUCCUCCUAAGACUCCACGACAUUUUGCAAUUUACAUGGCAUGUUCAUUAGUAGCGCAAAGUUUUUUCCAUUCAGUAAACUGGAAUCCUAUUACAGUGGUUAGAGACACAGACAAAGAAGUCUAUGCAUUUCUUAAUAAUGAGUCAUUGGCACUUAAUUGGGAAACAGACGAAGAUUUUCCAAAAGGAGUUUUCCCUCUUGUUACAAAAUGCUAUAGUCCUACUUGUGGAUUAAAGGGUAAAGGCUGUUAUUCAAGAAUAUGCAAUAAUUAUGUUCCUGGAGAGAAUGAAAUAGCUCCCCCUGUUAUUGAAAAAACUAGCAUCCCAUCUCCUUCAGAAAUUAUGGAUACUUCGGCGCAACAACAAAAACAACUUACAUGGAUUGAGUCAGUUCCAAAAGAAGUAUCUGAUAGUGUUUCUAAAGAUGAAAAAAAACGACAAGAAAUUAUUUACGAGACAAUUUAUACUGAAGAAGAUUAUGUUAAAGAUUUAGAUCUAUUAGAAACUCUUUUUAUUAAAGGUCUUCGUGAAGCCAAGCCACCUAUUAUAUCAAGUUCGGAACUUGAAUUAUUUAUUCAGAAGAUUUUUUUUAAUGUUACCAAUAUUCGUGAUUUUAAUAAAGUGAUGUGUGAACGUCUAAAGAGUAGACAAAAAGAAAGUCAAAUAGUAGAAAAAAUCGGUGACAUAUUUUUGGAAUCUGCACAGCAAUUUGGAGAUUCUUAUGUAAAUUAUAAUGGAAAUUUCCCCAUUGCAGAUGCUCUUGUCAAAACAAGGAAACAACGGAGUCCAGAAUUUAAACAAUUUUUAGAGCAUUGUUCACGCAAUCCCGAAGCAAGAAAGUUGGAUUUUAGGCAUUUUUUACAACGUCCUACUACACGUUUGCAAAGAUAUACUUUAUUACUUGAACAAGUUAUAAAGUAUACUUCAGACGAUAAUCCAGAUAAAGAAGUUCUUAAAAAAUCUUUAGAUUUCAUCAAAAAUCUUUGCAGAGAAAGUGACAACAGAGUUCAUCUUGCUGAAGCUAAACUAAAGCUUAUCGAUAUUAAUCAGAAAUUAAGAAGAAAGAAUAACGAGAAUUGUAAUGAACUUGAUUUAUUAAAUAGCGAAAGACAAUUAUUACAUAAAGGAUACUUACAAAAGAAAUCUAAUACUAUUGAAUUAAAGGAGCUUCAUGUGUUUCUUUUCGAUAAUUAUUUGGUUAUAACUAAACCAAAAAAAGGCAACGGCGAUACUAUUGAAAAGUAUAUUGUAAAAUAUAAUCCAAUACCUUUAAAUUUGUUAGUUUUUGAUUUACCUUCAGAAGUUAGUGGUACAACAAAAACAGGGACGCUUCAAUAUCUUGGAGUUUUUGAAGGAAAAGGUAGAAGGAAAAGCAAUGAUAUAUCAAGAAACCAAGUUGGCCGUGCAAGUGGAGCGAAUUCUGAGCUUCCUGAAAAUCCACACACAAACAAAUCAUAUCCCUUUACAAUCAUUCAUGUUGGUAGAAAUGGAGGAAGUUAUCAAUUAGUUACAGAUUCGGCAUAUUCACGAAAGACUUGGAAAGAUAAAAUCAUAGAAGCACAAAGUAUUUUAAAGCAAACUUCACAACAAAUAUUCCAAAUGGUACCUAUAAAUGAUUCGACUUUCACAAAUAUUCUAGCUGGAACUCAAGAAAGUUCAUUAUCAGACACAUUAUCUAGAGGAAAAGUUACUUGCUCUGCGCCUUUUGUUACCCCUGAGAAACUUCAAAUGAUUGCAGUUGGUACAGAGGAAGGAUUAUGGAUAGGAUUAAAAGGAAAUUCUAAAUCUUUUAGAAAGGUUGCACAAACUGGUACUAUAAAACAAAUUUCAGUUAUACAUGAUUAUGGACUGAUAGUUUUAUUAAUAGAGAAAGUGUUGUGGGCUUAUUCAUUAGAAGCUUUGCUGCCAUCAUUUAAAACUAAUAUUCCAAACAGCUCUGCAAAUUCUAAACAACGUCUUAGCCAUAGUAGUAGUGUUCAAUAUUUUAGUGUUGGUACCAUAAAAGAUAAGACAUUAGUUGUGUCAAUGAAAAGGAAAGGGUUAGAUAGUUAUUUUAAUGCGUGGGAAGUGGUGCAUUCUCUAAAUGCAAAUAAUGAGAAAGGACGUGCUACAUCACGAAGGGGUUUUGGUUUUAUCCAAAAAAAUGAUUGGUUUAAAGAUUAUAAAGAAUUCUAUGUUUCAUCAGAUUCUUACAAUGUAUGUUUUUUGAGAACAAAAUUAUGUAUUAUAUGUGCACGUGGAUUUGAAAUUGUUGAUUUAGCAGCAUUGCACAAUAUCAACACUAUACCAAAAUUUAAUCAAACACAAACAGCAUCUAUUGGAAAACAAUGUGAAGGAUCCAAACCUUUAGGUAUUUUUAGAAUCAAUGCUGAUGAGUUUUUAUUAUGUUAUGAAGCAUUAUUUUUUUAUGUUAAUAAAUAUGGUGAAUUAUCGCGAGAUAGAGUUGUUAAUUGGGAGGGUAAACCAGAAUCAGUUGCAAUGCAUUAUCCCUAUAUCAUUGGAUUCAACUCGUUAUUCAUUGAGAUUUGGGAUAUCGAACUAAGUAAAAUGGUUCAAGUUAUUCCAGGAAAAAAUAUGAGAUGUUUAAACGACAAUUUUUCUGGUAGAGAUGCAAUUCAUGCUGUUAUGCAAAGCCCUGGAAACGAUGUACAAUUUAUUUUUGAACUGGUAUAUUCACAACCUACAAAAAAAUAA